AUGACACCUCCUCUAGAACCCGAUAAGAAGAAGAAUACUGUAUACCUGGAUGGUCUCCGCGGACUGGCGGCACUGUUAGUCUACUUCUACCACCACGUCAGUUGGUACUUCGGUCCCACGGACGACAUCAUCAAUGGCUGGGGCGCGAAUGGAAACCACUACUUCUUCCAACUUCCGUUUAUACGGCUCCUCCUGACGGGAGGAAAUGCGGGAGUGGUUAUCUUCUUCGUUCUGUCCGGCUAUGUCCUUUCCUUGUCGCCUCUCCGCCAACUCCGAGAUGGCCACGUCCAACAGACAUAUCGCGCCCUCAUCUCCAGCGUCAUCAGACGUCCCAUACGUCUCUACCUCCCCGUCAUCGGCGUGAGUGGGGCCUUUGUCAUUGGUCUUCAUUUACCUUUGGGACUCGCGCCUCAAUUAGCGUGGCCGGCACCGAAAGAAACACUCUGGCUGGAGAUGAAAUCCUGGAUGUAUGAAGUCUUGAUCGCGCUCCAACCUUCCACCAAACCGGAUGUCCUCGCCCAUUGGUUCAUAUAUGAUCCUCCCGUUUAUACUAUUCCCGUGGAACUCGUGGGUUCCUGUCUGAUCUUCUCUGCUGUGGCCAUUUCUGGACACGUCUCGAUGAGAAUGCGCGCCGUGGUGUAUGGGCUCAUGUAUGUUGCUCUCCUGCUCAUGUAUCAAUGGGCAAUGGCAUGUUUCAUGGCAGGCAUACUUCUGGCGAUGAACGAUCUGAAAGAACCAGUGCCGACCGCGCGAAUGCAACUUUCGGCGCGAGCGAAGAAGACGCUGCAUCAUAUUGCCUUCUUUUCCGGGUGGUAUCUUCUGUGCCAAACGGCCGGCAUGAGGGAUACGCAAGUCUCCUCGGACACACCGGGAUGGUGGCUUUUGACACAACUCAUUCCUCCGAUAUACUAUGAUGACCCGGAUAAGGAAUACUGGCGUUGGUGGCAUGUCUGGGGGGCCUUUCUAGUCGUCUAUGGAGUGUUGAGAAUCACCUGGCUGCAGCGAUUCUUCGCGAGCAGGCCGCUGAAGUAUUUGGGCAAGAUCAGUUUUGCGCUAUAUCUGGUGCAUGGCCCGAUCAUGUGGACGUUGGGCGACCGGAUAUACCGCUUUUUUGGACACAUCACGAUGCCUGAGAUGACCACCAUGUGGGACGAGAGAUUUCCCAUACCCGAGUUCGGCAUUCAUGGGUUUACCACCAGAUUCCUUGUUGCGCAGGCUUUCAUCCUCCCCCUCAACAUUGCGUGUGGGCACGUCGGAACGGUUGUGUUCGAUGCGCCCAGUGUCCGAUUGGGAAGAUGGGUCGUGGGGAGACUGGGGCUUGAUCAAAAACGAUAGCCUGUGUGAUGAUCG